AUGGAGGGACAGAUAGGUUCCUCCGGAGUAGAUGACACCACUGAGCAAGGCACACAGAGGGGAAGACUGUUCUCGGACAACCCCGAUGGUCCCCUGCUGGUUCCAAUUCCAUGUGCUGUCCUUGUGGUGGUCAUUAUCACCACUUUGAUCCUUGCCAUCAUCACUCUGUCAGUGGGAAAGUACAACUGCCCCGGCGUCUGGGAGAAGCAGGAGCCUGGCAAGAAUGGCCAAAGCCCAGUUUUCCCCAUCUCAUGCCCGGAGGACUGGAUUGGAUUCCGAGGAAAAUGUUACCUCUUCUCCAAUACCUCAGACACCUGGAACGCCAGCAAAAGACACUGUUCUAACCACAAUGCGACUCUCACUCAGGUCAACUCAGAAAAGGAUCUGGACUUUCUGAAACGGUUAGUGGGUACCACUGAGCACUGGAUUGGAUCGGUCAGUGGAACCAUCCAGGCCUCGGACCGGACAACCCGUAACCCAGUCAACAAUGGUUCCUGUCACUAUCUAAAGGGCACAACCAGUGGACAAAAAGACUGCCAAGAAAGUUUACUAUGGAUAUGCAGCAAAUCUUCCACACGCUGA